AUGGCAAGUCGCCCAGCUGCACCGGAGCGCUCGAAUUCAGGAUUCAGCCGCAUCCCCCGCGGAACUAGCAAUGUGCUCCGUCGAGGAGCCACGCUGUCUUUGGAGAGUCCCUCAUCUCAGAUGGCUGGGACGACGUCGCUCGUGGCCAGCGCAUCGCCCUCGAAAGAUGCGAAUCCCGUUAUGGAUGCAGAGGGCGAGAGCUUGUCGCAGACUGCGCCCCUCCCCUCGGAGGAGCCCUGCGGACUCACCCCUGCCAGCCUGAAGCACCUUAGAAGGCAGCGGGAUGCCCUGAGCGAGGAGAAGGGUCGGCUGCAGGCCGAGCUCCAAGAGGCCACGAAGCAGCUGAAGGAGCUCAAGCCGCAGGUCGCCUCGCUGACAGCGCAGUUUGAAGAGGCGGUGGCGGCACGUGUCGAGCUUGAGACGGAGGUCGCUAGCCAGCGGCAGCGCGCCGAACGCGCCGAGGAGCUCUGUGCAAAGCUCGAGGCCUUGGUCGCCGAGAAGGAGGCGGAAAUCGAGCGCCUCCGGAAGGGCCUUGAAGACCAGCAGAAGCUUACGCAGGAGGUUUGCGAGGCCGCUGAUAGAAGAGACCAGCAGGCGUCCGAGCAGACUGCGGCGCAGGUCGCGGAUCUGCAAGAAAUGGUCCGCAAGCUGAAGCUCGAAAACCAGCAGCUGCUGCAGGAGCAGCAGCUCCAGGCCAAGCGCCACGAGGAAAUGGCACGCAGCGUCGCAGUGGCGAUGGCAGCUGCCGAGAAGGCCAUGGCCAUGCAUGCCCAGCACACCUCGCAGCUGGAGACGCUGCGAAAUGCCAAGCUGGCGGAGGCCAUCAACUCGAAGGUUGAGCUGCACAUUGCCGUGCCCAAAGUCACGCUCACUUACAACAACGCCCCGCCCCUCCUCGUGUCCGUCGCGGCUGGCCUGGGCGAGGGGAAACUGGAGACUUUUCUCAACAAGGAGGUUUUUCCGCACUUCGAGCCUCUCUGGGUUCGCCUGGACGGACUUGACAAGGCACCCGACGGCUCCAGCAAGAAGGCCUACUCCAGUCGCAUGCUCGACAGGCUGACUCAAGCUGUGAAGACCUUCCUUGUACGCUCGCAGAGCGAGGGGGAUGGGAAGGAGGGGCACGACGAGGCCCUCGAGACCGGGCGUGCCGAUCGCUUGAGCCAAA